GAGAGAGAGAGAGAGAGAAAUCGAGAAAUCUGUGUUUUUUGGGGCAAAAUAGUUAUUUCCCAGUUACCACAAUCACCGGACACUGGUACACGCAGAAGUAGGAUCUCUCGUUCAGAACAAAUAAGAGGGACCUUAUCAUUUUUUCAGAAUCGCUGCGUCUGGCAACCUGGAAGUGUUCGUGGAGAAGCACAGUGUGGCACUGCUGGAUGUUUUUUUUUUUUUUAAGGACAAAUAUUCAUAUUUCGCACAGGAUUUAUACCGUUAUUUAACCUCGCUCUUUAUUCAAGCGGACUCAGCUUCAAGGCUCGUCAUGGCGGAUACCGAGGAAGGCUUUGGGCUCCCAGGUACCCCGAGUGACUCAGAUUCAAAGGAGCUGCAGGCUGAAAACAAACAAGAGACCCAGAUAGGAAGCUCCGGCAAAUCUACCUCUCCCCAGACAACAUACACUCAACAGGGAAUGGAGGGAAUCAAAGUUUACUUACACGAACGAGAGCUGUGGGUAAAAUUCGAUGACGUUGGGACAGAGAUGAUUAUAACCAAGGCGGGAAGGCGCAUGUUUCCAAGUUACAAAGUAAAGGUAACUGGCCUCAAUCCAAAAACCAAAUACAUUCUCCUGAUGGAUGUAGUUCCAGCAGACGACCACCGCUACAAAUUCGCUGAUAACAAGUGGUCUGUGACGGGCAAGGCAGAGCCAGCAAUGCCCGGCAGGUUGUAUGUGCACCCCGACUCACCGGCUACGGGGGCGCAUUGGAUGAGGCAACUCGUCUCUUUCCAAAAACUGAAGCUCACCAACAACCACCUCGAUCCGUUUGGACACAUUAUACUAAACUCCAUGCACAAAUACCAACCAAGACUGCACAUUGUGAAAGCAGACGAAAAUAAUGGUUUUGGCUCCAAAAACACGACCUUUUGCACUCAGGUCUUUCCUGAAACGGCCUUUAUCGCUGUCACAUCCUACCAAAACCACAAGAUCACGCAGCUAAAGAUUGAGAACAACCCGUUUGCAAAAGGUUUUCGUGGAAGCGAUGAUAUGGAAUUGCACAGGAUGUCAAGAAUGCCAAGUAAAGAGUACCCAGUGGUCCCUCGCAGCACAAUCAGACAAAGAGUGGGCUCCAAUCAAAGCCCUUUCGGGGGUGAUGUGAGGGGUCUGCCCACUCCCUCUAACCUGGGCUCCCAGUACCAGUGUGAAAAUGGAGUCUCCAGCACCUCCCAGGACCUGCUGCCCCAAAGCAGCCCCUACCCCCUGCCCCACGAGCACAGCCAGAUCUACCAUUGCAAGAGGAAAGUAGAGGAAGAGUGUCAGCCAGGAGACCCGACUUACAAGAAAGCAUACAUCGAGAACUCUCCCAGCGAUGAGGACUCCUACUACCGAGCAGGGGGCUACUCCCAUCCACCAGGACAGACUGCUGCCUCCUACAGGACUGAGUCGGCACAGCGUCAGGCCUGCAUGUAUGCCAGCUCAUCACAAGUGGUAGAGUCUGUGCCUAGUCUGGAGAACAUUAGUUGCAACACCUGGGCCGCUGUGCCACCCUACAGCGGAUGCCCAGUGACUGCCAUACAGCCGAUGGAAAAGCUGCCAUACCAGCACUUCUCUGCCCACUUCACAUCUGGUCCACUAAUGUCCAGGCUUAGCGGAGUGGCCAGCCAUGCCUCUUCCCAGAUCACAGACACCCACAGCAUGUACCAGAGCUCCGUGCCCCACCAGCCCAUCGCUCGACAGUGCAUACCCCAGAUGGGCAUCCAGUCCCCCAGCAGCGGGCUCCAAGGCAGUGACUACCUGUACUCCCAUGGCAUGCCACGCAAUCUCUCCCCCCACCAGUGUCAUACUAUCCACGGGGUCAGCAUCGUGCCAGAGUGGAAUGAGACCAGCUAAUUGGAAAGGGGGUAGGGGGCAAGAAAAAUAGGAUGAAAUCAAAUGACGUUAAUCAAUCUUUGCAUUUCACAAGAACAAAGCUGCCUUCGAAAAUUAUGCACAACACUGCUUAAAUGGCCACUGAAGAUCUGCUUGGUUUCUACUAUGUUUUCAAUAAACCCGCUUUUGAGACUCCAUAUAAAGAUGUUCCUUUAUAGGAAGGACAGAGGUUAAAUAGGACCCACACAAACAAUUUUAAGGAGGAAAUCAAAAGGUGUCAGAUGAUAGCUUUGCUUUGCCAUCUGACGAUAAAAUCACAGGUUGAUUGGAAGACAAGAACUUUUAUCUGCAGAUAUAAGGAUCAAGGUUGGUAAAAGACCCACAGACCUGAAAUGAAGACAUGCAACUUUAAAUGGCCAAAGGGUAUUCAGUUCACCCCUGCUUGGGUUUUUAUUGUAAUCUUUUGCAUUUUUUUGUUCUUAGAACUAUGAACCGGUACACUCCGUUCACACUGUUAAGUUGCAAAACUCCGAAUUCAGUCAAACAAGUGUGGCAAGCUGGUCCUAGAAUGAUUUGGCACUACAUAACUUUUAUUUACUGUCAUCUGUGUAUUCAGCACACAGGGGCCAAGUCAAUUUCAGGUACAAUAGAUACAUUGUGGUACUAUCUUAUUGAUCCAAACAGCUACAGAUCUUAAAACUAUGAGACAUGCUCUACUGCAGAACUCUUUGCAACAUAUUUUGUAACACUUAGUGAUUGUACAUCACUUUUUAGGAAACAUCAGUUGGACUAUAAAAGUUAAAGAAUGGCUAGCUCUGCGACUGUUAAGAUUAGUAAAAUAGACUCAAUGCAUCAGAAAAAGAAUAGAUUCUCUUGGUACAAAAUAGGUUAAUUGCACUUUUUCACAGCAGUAGCACAAAGUGUCAAGUUGCUUUAUAGCUAAUCACUGGUCUAAUGUAAAUUACAUAGUGCCGUGGACAUGAAAUAAAGUUAAUGUGUGAUUGACUCUAUCCUAUGACUGCUAAUUGCUACAGUUGAGAUAAAGUCAAGCAUGCCUACACCAGUAUUAUUAAGCGAUAAGUCAGCCGUUUAUGUUGUACUCACCAUACAUCUACCUACACGUUGAGUUAGCUACAGUGAACUUGUAUAGAUUCAUGGGAUUUUUAAAGAAAUAUAUAGAAAUGAAAUAUUAUUUUUGUAGUAAUUGCAGGGAUCACAUUGUUCAAGUCAAUCAUACAUUUUAAGCUAGACAAAGGUUGAAAUGUUAUAGCAGAAAUGUUUGUCUUCUUAUCACUUUUUGCUCACAUUGUCUAAAAAGAAUCACAAAGCCCUUAAAAAGUUUGCUGCGGUAUAACCAACAAUGAUACAAGUCUAGUGAAGCACAGUAAAAACACGACAAAAUGUAUAUCAAUCUAAACAGAAGAUACAUUAUUGAUAUUCAAGUCUAGCAUAAUCAAACUACUGUGGUAAAAGCAUAACAACCAUGGUUAACUAUGGUAAACCAAUGUACACAGAUGGGGGGAUGUUACACAGCAGUGGAAAUUGCUCAUAUCUUAAGGUAAUGAAAUACUGGCAUUAAUGUAUUUCCACAGAAAGCUUCAAGUCUGCUUUAGACAGCUCUGUCUUUAUAAACAGUGUCACCGAACAAGCAGUUUUUUAUCCUAUAGAAUUUUUUACCCCCCCCCCUUGAAAAAAAAAGACAAAAAAUGAAAUAAACUGACGUGUUUCACAAGCAAAGCAUUUAGUUCUAAGAAGAAAAAAGAACAAAAAGAAAAAGAAACAGCUGAGACGGCUCAUCCACUUAGAACAACCCAGCGGUACUUAUAAACAGUGUGAUGCUGAUGAAUGUCCUAGUGUUUUUGAAGCUGUUUUUUUUUAUAUUCUACUCCUUUUUAUUGUCUGCUCUUGCACAGCUGAUUUCUUUUCCAUAUUUCACUGGCAUUUCUUCUAGUAUAAACAGAACCAGAUAUGUUUUUCAAGCUAGCCACUUCAAGGGUUAGAGAUUGGCAUCUCUGUUAUGAAAUUCAACAUCCAAACCUAUAAUCAAAAGCACUUAAACACUGAAGGAGAAAUGUCUGACUAUGCAUAAAAUGAAAAACAAAAUAACAAUAAAAAAAACAUCUAUCACACAGUUUACCAGUGUGCACGGAAGGUGUUGCUUGAUGACGCAGGUCCUAGGUUGCCAUUGCCUGGCUUCAUUCAUACAUAUAGUGCCUGGUCACUGUAUCUCAUAUCAGGUUGGGUCACAUUGUUUUCCCUUAAGCACAGCCUUUACACAAUGUAGCAUCCAUUAGGUGUUGGAUGAUGUCUCAAGGGAUCUGUUCAAUCUUUAAAACAUUUCGCAAUUGCCAAGCUAGGCAGAGGAUCAUAAUGAUAUAUGCAUCUUUCAAUUUCAUCCCAAACAUGCUCAGUUAGAUUGAGAUCUGAGGAUUGUGGUGGCUAUGGAAGAUGCUUGAUGUCAAGCUCCUCAAAUCAUUUGUGCACAAUUCUGACAUGGUGGAUAGGUGCAUUAUUGAAAGUAACCAUCACCUUCAGGUUACAGCAUUGGGUGAACUUAAUCAAGAACUAUAAUUAAGUAAUCUGCUUGUCCCCAUACCAGGGCAAUACCUAAGCCAAUCAGGUAGACAUGACAUUCUAACGUGGCCAGGCAGUAUAAGUUUCUGAUCCAUUAGUUGUGGGAACUGUCCUGAACUACUGAAUCUAAAGUGCAGAACACAGCGUUUUCACCUUUUAGUGGACGUCAAAAAAUAAAUAAAAAUGCUUGACUGGUUUCACAAACCCUGUUUAGUGCUAAUCUUGGACUAUCUUACCUAAAAUAAUAUUAGGUUGUCCUGUAUUCGUGCUGAUCAGGGUCGGUGAGUCUCUGUUUACAACAAUAAAAGAGCAUCCAGGUUAAACUUGAUUGAAACAAAUCCCUGAUGAAUCAAUAAAGAGAGAGCAGGGUGGAAUUCAGCUUCAGUCCUACUAGCCAGUUCAACCGAAAAAUAACAAAAAAGGGAGGCAUCUGAAAGCAGCAGCUCAACAGUUAGUGGCUAACAGUUCAUUCAGAUUUCACUCAACUGAUUUCCAUAUAUUUAGCCCAGUAAUGUGUUUCUAAUUCUGUGAUACUCUAACCUACUCACCAUGCCUAUCUGUAUAGAAUUCCCAUCGUGCAGAGCAUAUUUGAAAAAGAAAAAACUAUCCUGGUCUUGUACUAUCAACUGAAUAUCAUAUACAAUAACACUGAAUGUCUAUUUUAUUCUGAGGUGCUGCUAAUUUCCUUAAUUAUCAUGCCUGAAAAAUAAUAACAGUGAUCAGUGUGUUUAAAGAGAUCUGCAAAGUACAGCCUCAGUUUCUCUUAAAUACCUUUGUAUGUUCCCUUUUUUAUAAUAUUUUGCUUGUUUUUAAGAGUUAUUGUAAGGAGAAAUGGUCAUUUAAAAAAAAAACACAAAAAGAUGAAAUUAUGUAUCAAGCAAUAAGUAUUGUUUAUUGACAGUUGCUUGUAUUAAUUAUUAGUAUUUAUUGUUCUAGCAUUAUGCAAAUCAAUUGUUUCUAGUUUGUUGGAAAUCAUAUAUUGUUAGAUUUUUUAAAGAACAAAAAAGAAGUGGAAACAAACGUGUUAUAGAAGUCUGGUUAAAAUGUAAUUGUUGUAUAAAGAGAUGGAUUACUUUGUUGUUUUUGGUGUAAAUAAACACAAAUGUAUAUACAGAACUGCAAUAAAUUUAAGAACAUUUUGG